CGUGACCUCUCGCUGUAUUUUGGGAUGUUUCGCACGAGGCGGGACGCAGACACGUUAACAGGCGCGAGCAGAUGUUUCUGCUCCGGGGAAACCACACGAAGAAGAAGAAGAGGAGCGAGAAGAAGCCGCAUUGUUUCCGCAGAAGAAGAAGAACCCAAAGACGGUCGGUGUACAUCUCCUCCCCAGGUGCUCUGCAGACAUGGCUGAAGAUGUCCCAGGGCUCUGAGAAGUCCUGUGUGCUGUUGUCCUUGAGGGGCUCCAGGACCUCCUGCAUCCUCCUAAGCGAGGACGAGAAGGAUGACCCCCCCGGAGCGGGAGAGGAGAGUGUCCUGGAGAUGCUGAGCUGCUCCAAGUUCUCCGGCCUGGAGUCAUGGCUCUGCAUGCCGUCCUCCUUGCUGCUGCCCAGCGCCCCGGACCCCACCCGCACCUCCUCCUCCUCACAUGCAUCCAGCCAGCCCACCUCCUCCUCCUCCUCGUCCCCGUCCUCCAACAGCCGUCUCUCCACCUGCAGCGACCCAGGAGAGACGGACACGCUCAGGUUGUGGGACGACGACUCCUCCUUCCUCCCCCCCGUCUCCUCCACCCCCGCCGGACAGUCCCCCCCCCCCUCCUCCUCCGCCGGGGGGGGCAUCAGGAAGCGUCGGCGGCUUGCUGCCAGCCCCGGAGGACUCCACUGGACCUCUGCAGGUUUGGUGCAACGAGACUGGUCACCUGACCCGUCUCCGUUGUCUGGGGAGAACGCAGCAGCAGGACGAGCGGCGACCCCCCCCCUGGCGGAGGUAGGCGGGGCCACGUGGGGGGGCGACCGGGCCGCCCUGAGGCUCCUGAGUCGGCUGGACAGAGGCAGGAAGAAGGUCCACGGCAUCCAGAGUCUGGGAGCCAGCGGCAGAUACGACUCCAGGAGGAAGUCGGACAGUAGAAUCUCUUGGUUGGCUCACAGGUGGAACCAGAGAGCCUCAGGAGAUGAUCUGAUCAGAGACCUGAAGCCCUUGUCUUACACGGCAGACCAUUGGUCCUCACUCAGCCUUGACAGCAGAAGCCUCCCUGUUGUGAUGACUCAGCAGAUGCAGAACCUCCAGUUGACCCAGAACAGGAAGUGUCCCGGUGGCCCCGCCUCCCCGAGCGCGGCCAAGCGCCUCUACAGGAACCUGUCGGAGAAGCUGAGAGGAAGCUCCUCCUCCUUCGAGGAUGCCUACUUCUUCGGGAAGACGGACCGCCUGCGCAAAGCCUCGACCAUGCAGGGCGGCGACUGUCUCUUCGAGGCCGUGGAGCAGCAGGACCUGGACGCCGUGCAGAUCCUCCUCUACCAGUUCUCUGCUGAGGAGCUGGACCUGAACACGCCAAACAACCAGGGCCUGACACCGCUGGACAUCGCCGUCAUGACCAACAACACGCCCAUCGCCAAGCUGCUGCUGAAGGCCGGCGCCAAGGAGAGUCCUCACUUCCUGAGCCCUGAGGGGCGGGAGGCCCACCUCUCGGCGCUGGUGUUGGAGGCGGAGCAGCGGGCGAGCGAGCUGGCGUCCCAGGCUCAGAUGGAGGGCGUCUCCCUGGAGGUGUGUCAGAGGGACCGACACCUGAGGGCCUGGGAGUGGAGGAGCAAGCUGUACCGCCGCAUGGCCGCCGGCCUGCAGCACGCACGUACCCCGGAAACCCCGUCUAUGGUCCGUCUGAGCGUCAGCACCAGCACGUCUCUGAUGGUCAGCUUCCAGGAGCCUUUGAGCCUGAACUCCACUGUGGUGACCAAGUACAAAGUGGAGUGGAGCUGCCUGAAGGACUUCUCACUGCUUGCUGGGGAGAUCGUUUUGGAUAAUCUUCAGACCCUUAAAUGCAUCAUCAGCAACCUCACCACGGGCCGCCUGUACUACGUCCGAGUGUCGGCCUACAACAUGAGGGGCUGGGGUCCUCCCUCCUCCGCCCUGCCUCCGUCAGCUGCUCCGUCCAGUUGGAGGGACAGCGAUGGCCAGGCGCCGAGGAGGCGGAGCCACAUCGAGGCCAUGGAGCGCCUGCUGCAGCAGGUCCGCGCCACUCACACACACUACUGCUGCGGAGACACCUCAAAGCUCCAGAACCCAAGCAGGAAGCAGUCGGUCUCCAGAAGUCUGAAGCAUCUCUUCAACUCCUCCAACAAGUUUGUGAAAACCCUGAAAAGGGGCGUGUACCUGGCCGCCGUCUUCCACCACAAGGACAGCCUGCUGGUGACGGCCGAGGACCAGAUCCCCAUCGUGGAGGUGGACGACUCCUACAGCAGCUCCCUGACGCAGGACUUCCUCUGGUUCACCAAGCUCUCUUGUAUGUGGGAGGACGUCCGCUGGCUGAGACAGAGUAUGUUGGUGUCCAUGUCCUCGUCCUCCACCCUACAGGCCCGCCACAAGAUGCUCAGCGCCGCCAACCAGCUGCAGAACCUCCUGGGGACCCACAACCUGGGCCGGGUCCACUACGAGCCCAUCAAGGAUCGCCAUGGCAACGUGCUGCUGGUCACCAUCCGCGAGGUGGAGAGCCAGCACUCGCUGCUCAGUGGGAAGUGGAUGCUGGUGACCAAACUGCAGAGCCAGAGAAAGUCCCUGUCCACACCUGAGGAGCCCUACGCCCUCGACAUCCUCAUCAUCACCAUACAGGACAUCUUGGCCUACCAGCGGCGCAGCACCCACCGGCUGGCCCCGGGACUCUACCUGGGCUACCUGAAGCUCAGCAGCUCUGUGGACCAGAUCAGAGUCCUGGUGUCCCAGCGCACCCCCAACAUGCUGUGUCACAGCCGCAUCAGAGAAAACGCCAACGUGUCCAAGGAGGAGUGGGACUGGAUCCGGUCGCUGUCAGCCGCGGGGGACCAGGGCGAGGAGGCGGAGCCUAGGGCGGAAAGCCACACCCCUUUACUGUACUACGAGCUACAGACGUCAAUCAGGUCUCUGCUGAAACUCCUUAACUUACCUCUGGCCCAGGCCCGUCUGUUCCGCCUCUACAGCCAGGAGGUGGUGGAGCUCGGCCACGGCGUUUCCUUCCUGCUGCUGCUGCCGGCGGCCGAUGACGUUUGCUCCGCCCCCGGACAGUCCAACCCCUACACCCCCCUCUCAGGGUUCCUCCACCUCCCGCUGCAGAUGUUUGAGCUUGUGCACUUCUGCAGCUACAAGGAGAAGUUCAUCAGCCUGUACUGCCGCCUGUCCUCCGUCCUGGACCUGGACGCUCUCAUUACCCAGCAGGCAUUGCGAGAAGCCAUCACGGACAGCGAGGUAGCCACGGCCAAACAGAGACACCAGCUGGUCCUGGACUACAUCCAGCAGCUGGACGAGAUGCGCCGUGACCUCCGGUGGAUCACCGAUGCUCUCCAGUCGGCUCGCUACAAGCAGCCGGCCGGCGUCCCUGUCAGCCGCCUGGUGGACGCCAGCGAGGCCGAGAGCCGGAAGACGAAGACCUCGUCCACCUCGUCCACCACGGACUUCCUGCCUACACCUUCUCCGUCACCGGAGCUCCACCAGAGGAUGGGCGUCAGCGAAGCUCUAGGGUCCGAUGAGGACGAGUCCUCGGAGGUCUUCCUGCCCACUGACAGCGACUAUGACUCCAGCGAGGCGCUGAGCCCCCGCGAGCUGGACCUGUUGUACUCCCCCCCCCAGGACCUUUCCCAGCAGGCAUUGCACUCGCUGGGCGGCAGCGCCCCCGAUGUGCUCCAGAUCCACGAGCUCAGGUACAGCGUGUGCCCCCCCGCAGACCUUCCCCUGCCCCCCCUCCUCCCCCAGUGCCUCUCCAGGACCUCCCCCGCGGACCCCUGCCUGUCCCUCCCCCUGUCCCCGGCCCUGUGCGACACCACCAGGACCCUGGAGGGCCUCCAGCUGUCGGAGCGCGUAGCCCCUCCCCUUCCACAGCCGGGGGCCUUCGCCAACCCCCCCGUCAAACGCAAGCUGCUCUCCCGCAGCCACCGGGGCCAGUACUUCAGCGGGCCCCAGCGCUGGCUCCGGGCCAAGGGGGGGGAGGAGACCCUCACGGGCUGCCUGUCCGAGGGCGUCUACACCAAGCAGCCGGACCUGCCGCCCCCGAGGGACGCCACCUUCGUAAGCCACGCCUCCUGCGUCCUGGAGAGCCGCAAGGGCCGCCAGCAGGAACAGCGGCCCCACGUCCGCAGGAUCUUUGUGGAGCCGCGCCACACGGGGAGGAGCUGGGAGGAGGAGGAGGUGAAGGCAGAGGAAGGGGCGGGGCUAGAGGGAUGCGCCGCGCAGGAAGUCGACUCGGACGACCAGACGAACGCGCAGGUGUCAGAGAUACUCAGCAGCUCGCUGUAGAGGCGUUCAGGUACGCCGAUGAGUGUAGUUCCCCAGAGCGUCAAAUACCAUCACGCCAUCGUCACAACAACCUUCAUCACGCCAUCCGUCAUCACGCCAUCCGUCAUCACGACAUCACGUCAUCUGUCAUCACGUCAUCCGUCAUCCCGACAUCCGUCAUCCCGCCAUCCGUCAUCACGCCAUCCGUCAUCACGACAUCACGUCAUCUGUCAUCACGUCAUCCGUCAUCACGUCAUCCGUCAUCCCGACAUCCGUCAUCCCGCCAUCCGUCAUCACGCCAUCCGUCAUCACGCCAUCCGUCAUCAACACAUCCGUCAUCACGUCAUCCGUCAUCACGCCAUCCAUCAUCACGUCAUCCGUCAUCACGCCAUCCGUCAUCACGUCAUCCGUCAUCACGUCAUCACGUCAUCCGUCAUCACGCCAUCCGUCAUCACGUCAUCCGUCAUCACGCCAUCCGUCAUCACGUCAUCCGUCAUCACGUCAUCCGUCAUCACGUCAUCCGUCAUCACGUCAUCACGUCAUCCGUCAUCACGUCAUCCGUCAUCACGUCAUCCGUCAUCACGCCAUCCGUCAUCACGUCAUCCGUCAUCACGCCAUCCGUCAUCACGUCAUCCGUCAUCACGUCAUCCGUCAUCACGACAUCCGUCAUCACGUCAUCCGUCAUCACGCCAUCCGUCAUCACGACAUCCGUCAUCACGACAUCCGUCAUCACGUCAUCCGUCAUCACGCCAUCCAUCAUCACGACAUCCGUCAUCACGUCAUCACGUCAUCACGCCAUCCGUCAUCAACACAUCCGUCAUCACGUCAUCCGUCAUCACGCCAUCCAUCAUCACGUCAUCCGUCAUCACGCCAUCCGUCAUCACGUCAUCCGUCAUCACGUCAUCACGUCAUCCGUCAUCACGCCAUCCGUCAUCACGCCAUCCGUCAUCACGUCAUCCGUCAUCACGUCAUCCGUCAUCACGUCAUCCGUCAUCACGUCAUCACGUCAUCCGUCAUCACGUCAUCCGUCAUCACGUCAUCCGUCAUCACGCCAUCCGUCAUCACGUCAUCCGUCAUCACGCCAUCCGUCAUCACGUCAUCCGUCAUCACGUCAUCCGUCAUCACGCCAUUCGUCAUCACGUCAUCCGUCAUCACGCCAUCCGUCAUCAACACAUCCGUCAUCCGUCAUCACGCCAUCCGUCAUCAACACAUCCGUCAGCCGUCAUCCGUCAUCACGCCAUCACGACAUCCGUCAUCCUGCACCAACAGAAACCAGACAGUGUCUCAGUCAUCAUGAUCCACUUCAUGAGCUUUCGACAGCUUUCUUCUUCUUCUUCACAUUAUUUCCCUGUAACUCAAAAGAAGUUCAUGGGUUUGAAGAACCACAAAACCACUGUAUCCUCUCAUGGUCUCUUUGCCCCCCCCCCCUUUAGAGCUCUAUAGUGUACAUUAAAGUUGCUGGUUCAACUCCUCCCCAGAACUGAUGAAUGACACUGACUGUUACAAAGCAAGCACUCCUCGUCCUCCUCCUCCUCGUCCUCCUCUUCCUCCUCGUCCUCGUCCUCCUCGUCCUCCUCCUUCCCCCCCCCAGGCUUCCCUCUGAAUGUGACUCAGAACCUUGUUGGUAGGGUCCCGCUGGGUGAAGUAGUUCUUGGGUGGUGUCUCCUUGCAGUGAAUGUACAGUUUGGUCGAGUCCUUUUCGUGUUGAGUUCAAAGACUCAACGGACAUUUGGACGUCUACAACCCAGAGAGUAUUUUUCUAGUCACUAUUUCACACGAGGCGAGCUGUAAUUUCUGGGCAUGAAGUAGUCUGCAGUUGUGGUUUGUUAUUGGACUCAAGUUUUGUGCCUCUUCCUGGUUCCGCAUGAUGUCAAGAGGGGGGGGGAAAGCCCCGCCUUCUCUCAUAAAGUAAACUAAAGUUCAGCAAAAAAACAUUUAUUUGAAAUGAUAAAGUUACAUUGUGCGUAAGCGCGGUGCCCCCCCCCCCCCCCCUCUGCCUGUGUGCACGAUGUUUUAAAGAAGUGUUUGUACUGUUUGCACAUUUGUGGAAUAGAAGCUCAUUCAGUCGGGCUCAGCUGGCAGCUCUCCUUCACGUACUUGUACUUGUACUUGUACUUGUACCUUAAAGCUGCACAAUGCACACUGAUACUAAAACAUCAGUACUGCAGUACUUCGGCAUGUAUUAUAUUCGGGUAUGAAUAUGUCAAAAUAAGAAUUUAUACGUUCAUCAUGAAGCUCAAGCUGUUAGCCUAGCUUAGCAUAAACAUGGUCCUGAGGUCUGAGGGAUUAAAAACACUGUUUAAAUAUAUCAUGUGUUUUUCGGGAGGAUCGGACAGAUUCAAGCUAACAGUGGUCCUGCCUCCAGAUGUUAUGCUAAGCUAAGCUAAUCUCCAUUUUUAUCCUACAGAGAAGAUAGUUGUUAACUGUUUCUUUAUUGUUGUUGGUAUCGUUGUAGCUUUUGUUUUUAUUAAAUUAACUGUUUAAAUGUUUAAAGACGUCUGAGAAACGAGCAGUCAGAUCAUCAAACUCAUACAUAGAUAAUAAAUCAAUAACUGGUGACUACAACUCCCAUGAUGCAACAAUACUCACCAAAUGUGCAUUAAAGUGAAAUGAAGGAAGACGCUUUCUGUCUGACUGCUUACGUUUGUUCAGCUGCAGGUUUACGUCUCACAAGACAUUAUAAUAUUCUAAUUAAAGGAUAUGGUCACUUCCUGUUCACUGUUUGAUUCAUUAAACAAGAUGGCGAAAUUUGCAAAACUCAAGGCUUCAAAGCAUCAACAAACCAAUGAUGACGUUACCAUGACAACUGCGUCUGCAGUCCGUGGUUACAGUGUUUUAUUUCCUACGUUUUCACAACAAAAGGCCGUCAAACAAAUAGAUUUAUUGGAUGUUCUGAAUAAAAUAGAUAAUUUAAAGAUUAUAACAUGAAACUAAUAAAACAAACAGAGAAAUGUUAGACUUUUAUGCAAGUUGAUGUUUUGAAAUCUUUGUGCGCUUUUAUUGUGAAAUGUUGAACGUUUCCGCCUUCACCUCAUAAAUCAAUGAGCUUCUAUCUGUACAUUUUUGUCACGACUCAUUUUAAUGCAAAUGCAGCAAAGGGACCAAAGGUAUUUUUUUGGAUUGCGUUAAUAAAAAUAAAAAUAUAUCAUCCGUGUUUUCAUGCA